UUGCUACCAUGGCUUCUGGUACAUUGGCAAAGCUUAAGAUGCGGGAUCUUCUGGCCAAGCGUCUGCGGAUUCAUAUUGUUAGAGCAUUCAUUGUCUCUUUGAGGGUCUCAGCUCUCUAUAAGUUUGGUAUGGCUGAACCAAGAAAUAAGGCAUAUGCAGAUUUCUACAGAAAUUAUGAUUCCAUGAAAGAUUUUGAGGAGAUGAAGAAGGCUGGUAUCUUUCAGAAUGCAAAGUGA